AUGGCCUCAAAUCCACAGGAUGGGCAACCGAUGCCCGGCGAUAAGACCCUGCAUGUCUGGUCGAAACCCAUAGAGCAAAACGAAGCUACUACAGUCAACGGUGAACAUGGAGCGACACCGACGAAUACUAGGCCAACUAUUUCAGAGGCCGUUUCUAUGAUCAAGAAGGAUGAUUUCACGAAUGUUGCAAAUACCCCCUGUGCUCGACAAGGCUUCAUCACAGGAAUAGCAUCCGGUGCCGGUAUUGGAGGAUUGAGGAGUGAAGGGAACCCCGGUAGCGCCGCGAACUGGGCUGUUGGAAUGUUUGUGCUUGGAAGCAUGGCAUCAUACGAAUGGUGCCAGUAUCUACGCCGCGAGGAGCGUCGACAAAUGAAACGACACAUUGAGGUGGUGUCAGAGAAUAGGAGAGAGCAAGCAAGAAAGAUCCAAGAAGCAAGGCGUGAGCACGACAAACUGGAGGCUGAAAAGAAGGCGGCAGUAAAGCCAUGGUAUAAGGUCUGGUGA